AUGUUGGCCCUCGAGAAUAAUGGACGACUGGUGUACAACCGACCCCUGAAAGUUUCCGUCUUGUAUGCCAAACGCAGAACACACCGUAACAAUUAUAACGAUCCACAUUAUUAUUAUAAUCAACCUUGUUAUGAGGAAGAGCAAUAUGUCUCUAAUCAUCAGUCACAAGACUAUCCCCAGGUGCCUCGUGAGACACCUUACCAUGAUGAAAGUGAACAUGAUCGUCGUGGGGAGGAUGUCGAGAGCAGUCGUCUACACCCUCGGAAACGACCUAUUGCACAGGAAACUGACGACAAGUCGUACAGUGAGGCGAAGAAGGCCCGCCUUCCCUCUCAGGAACGACCUAUUCCUCAGGAGACUGUAGAGGAGGCGUGCAAUGAGGAGGAGAACGACCAUCUUCCCCCUCAGGAACGACCUAUUCCACAGGAAACUGUAGAGGAGGCGUGCAAUGAGGAGGAGAACGACCACCUUCCCCCUCAGGAACGACCUAUUCCUCAGGAAACUGUAGAGGAGGCGUGCAAUGAGGAGGAGAACGACCACAUUCCCCCUCAGGAACGACCUAUUCCUCAGGAAACUGACGACGAUUCGUCCAGUGAGGAGGAGGACGACCAUCUUCCUCCUCAGAAACGUCAACGUCCACAGGAAACUGACGACAAGUCGUCCAGUAAGAAGGAGGACGACCAUCUUCCUCCUCAGAAACGUCAACGUCGUCUCUCGGAAAGUGACGAUGAGUCAUCCAGUGAGGAGGAGGACGACCAUCUUCCCCCUCAGGAACGACCUAUUCCUCAGGAAACUGACGACGAUUCGUCCAGUGAGGAGGAGGACGACCAUCUUCCCCCUCAGAAACGUCAACGUCCACAGGAAACUGACGACAAGUCGUCCAGUAAGAAGGAGGACGACCAUCUUCCUCCUCAGAAACGUCAACGUCGUCUCUCGGAAAGUGACGAUGAGUCGUCCAGUGAGGAGGAGGACGACCAUCUUCCCCCUCAGAAACGUCAACGUCCACAGGAAACUGACGACAAGUCGUCCAGUAAGAAGGAGGACGACCAUCUUCCUCCUCAGAAACGUCAACGUCGUCUCUCGGAAAGUGACGAUGAGUCGUCCGUUGAGAAGACGAAAAGUUUUCCAUUGAUGGGGACGACACUUUGUCUCUCGGAAAGUGACGAUGAGUCCGGUGAGGAGGGGACGAUAAGUCGUCCAGUGAAGAGCAGGACGAGAAGUAUUUUCUCGGAAAGUGAGGAUGAGUCGUCCGGUGAGGAGGCUCAGUGA